AUGCCGCGCCGCCCCGCCGCGGACCGCCUCGCGCACCUCCCCGCCGCGCUCGCAGGCUUCGUCCGUGCGCGCGCCGCGGGGUCUGCCUCCGCGUGGGGCCGGUUCUCUUACGGCAACGCGCUGGCCGCCUGUGCCGCCGCCUCCGCGCCGUUGGCCUUCGCGGAGCAGCUCUACUGCGCAGCCUGGAAGGAUGGGCUCUCGCGGGACGCGUACAUCUGCAGCACCGUGGUGGACCUGCUCGCCAAGCACGGCCGCCUGGGCGACGCGCUGCGGGCGUUCGAGGACGGGGAUCGCGGAAGCGCGGUCUGCUGGAACACAGCUAUCUCCGGGGCGGCGCGCAACGGUGAACACGCGCUCGGAGUCGAGAUGUUCCGCGACAUGGUGAGGGGUUCCUCCUGCGAGCCCAAUUCGUUCACGUAUUCUGGGGCGCUCAGCGCGUGCGCGGCUGGUGCAGAGUUGGGGGUUGGGAGGGCGGUGCAUGGGAUGGUGCUCCGGCGUGAUCCCGAGUACGAUGUCUUCGUUGGGACAUCCAUCGUUAACAUGUAUGUGAAAUGUGGUCAGAUGGGAGCUGCCAUGAGUGAGUUCUGGAGGAUGCCAAUCCGGAAUGUGGUUUCCUGGACAACUGCGAUUGCUGGUUUCGUGCAAGAGGAGGACCCAGUAAGUGCAAUGCUGCUGCUUACGGAAAUGUUGCGGAGUGGUGUGGCAAUUAACAAGUACACGGCUACGAGCAUAUUGCUUGCCUGCUCUCAGAUGUCCAUGAUACGGGAGGCUAACCAGGUUCACGGCAUGAUUAUGAAGACUGAGCUGUACUUGGAUCAUGUUGUCAAGGAGGCUUUGAUUUCCACAUAUGCAAAUGUUGGGGCUGUUCAGCUGUGUGAGAAGAUCUUUCAAGAAGUUGGCACAGUUAGCAACAGAAGCAUCUGGUCGGCUUUCAUAUCUGGGGUUAGCAGGCAUAGCCUACAAAGAUCAAUUCAGCUGUUAAGGAGGAUGUUAUGUCAGGGCCUAAGACCGAAUGACAAAUGCUACGCUUCUGUUUUCAGUUCUGUUGACUCAUCUGAGCUUGGCAGACUGCUGCAUUCAUUGGUCAUAAAAGACGGGUUUAUUCAUGCUGUUCUUGUGGCAAGUGCGCUCUCCACCAUGUACUCCAGAUGUAAGGAUUUGAAGGAUAGCUACAAGGUUUUUGAAGAGAUGCACGAACGGGAUGAAGUGUCAUGGACAUCAAUGGUUGCUGGUUUUGCAACACAUGGCCAUUCAGUUGAGGCAUUCCAGGUGUUAAGGAAUAUGAUUGUUGAAGGUUUUACACCAGAUGAUGUGUCGUUAAGUGCCAUUCUUUCAGCCUGCAAUGUACCGGAGUGUUUGCUCAAAGGGAAGGAAGUUCAUGGACAUGUCCAUCGUGCCUACGGAGCAACCACGUCCAUUAACCAUUGCCUUAUUUCCAUGUAUUCCAAAUGUAAAGAUGUACACACAGCUCGAAGACUUUUUGAUGCAACUCCAUGCAAAGACCAGAUCAUGUUAUCUUCAAUGAUAUCUGGAUAUGCUAUGAAUGGUUAUAGUGAGGAGGCAAUCUCAUUGUUUCAGCUUAUGUUGGCUGCUGGUUUUCAUAUAGAUAGGUUUUUAUGCUCAUCUAUUAUUAGCAUCUGUGCUAACAUGGCAAAGCCAUUGUAUGGUAAACUGUUACAUGGGUAUGCAACCAAAGUAGGCAUACUGUCUGAUCUAUCAGUGAGCAGUUCACUUGUGAAGUUAUAUUCCAAAAGUGGCAACCUGGAUGAUUCUCGUAAAGUUUUUGAUGAAAUAGAUGUUCCGGAUUUAGUUACAUGGACAGCGAUAGUUGAUGGAUAUGCUCAGCACGGAAGCAGUCAGGAUGCUUUGGCGAUGUUCGAUUUGAUGAUUAGAUAUGGGGUAAAACCAGACACUGUCAUACUCGUGAGUGUUUUGUCUGCUUGUGGCCGAAAUGGUUUGGUUGAAGAAGGCUUCAGACAUUUUAAUUCAAUGAGAACUGUGUAUGGGGUUGAGCCAGUGUUGCACCACUAUUGCUGUAUGGUUGAUUUACUUGGUAGAUCUGGGAGGCUUGUAGAGGCAAAAAAAUUUAUUGAGAGUAUGCCUGUGAAACCUGAUUCGAUGGUGUGGAGCACACUGCUUGCUGCUUGCAGAGUUCAUGAUGAUGUUGUACUUGGACGUUUUGUAGAAAAUAAGAUCCAUGAAGAAAAUUGUGAUUCGGGGUGUUUUGCUACUAUGUCAAACAUUCGAGCAAAUUCUGGAGACUGGGAAGGUGUAAUGGAAAUAAGAAAAUCAGUCAAGGAUGUGAAGAAAGAACCUGGAUGGAGUUUAUUGGAAGAAUAA